AUGGCUCAGAUUGAUUGUAGUGAGGAAGAACAACACAGUUUCUUGCUAUCGAGUAAAGUUGCAUCCAUCGAAGCGUUCAAGGCGAUUGAGAUUCCAGUAUCUCCCAAUGGUGGUGAAUCUAAUAGAGCUUCUGGAUCUCAUGGUCAUUCUGGUGAAAUUUCUUUUGGAUCUUUAAAUUCUCACCGAGACAAUCAAAAUUCGUAUCGUCUGCCUAAGAUGGAUUUUCCUCACUUUGAUGGUGAAAAUCCUCGAGGAUGGAUUCAAAAAUGUGAGUGUUACUUUCAGAUCCAUAAAAUUGAGGAUGGACAACGAGUGAGUAUAGCUUCUCUUCAUCUUGAUGGUCGAGCUGAUCAGUGGUUCUUAAAUUUUCAGAUUGGUAAAUUGUCUGUCAAUUGGAAUGACUUAUGUGUUGGUAUCUCUCUUGAGGCUCUUAUGCUAAGCAAGAACCAAUAUCUUACAGAGGAUUAUUUUAUAUUGAGUUUCAUUAGUGGAUUGAAGGAGGAAAUUCUUGGUUCUGUCUUGAUAUUUCACCCUCAAUCUCUCAUGGAGUCCUUUUCAUUAGCUCGUAUAGAGGAGCAGAAGUACUAUUUGCUACACAAAACCACUAAACCAUUCUCAAAACCCAUCACCAACUCGUUUUCUACCAACAAAGUUUUCUCUCACUCUAAUUUUCCUCCAAAACCAAUCAUCAACAUUCCCAGUACACCUAAGUCUCCACCAUCCACCUAUAAACCAUCUCUUACUACUCAUACUCCCAACACACCCACCAACUUUUCCUCUCUACCACCCAUUAAAAGAUUAACUCAAGAACAAAUGCAGGCUAGGAGAGCUAAGGGACUGUGUUACAACUGUGAUGAACUUUAUAAACCUGGUCAUUGGUGUAAGAGACAACAACUAUUUAUGCUUAGUGUUGAAGCUCCUGUGGAGGAGGAUGUUACUGUAGAAGAAGAAGUUUUUGAGGAAGAAGGAGAGACUCCAGUAGACUCCGGCAUGGAAAUUUCCCUACAUGCUCUUACUGGUACUAUCUCUGGUGACACAAUUAGAAUUCUAGGUCUUCUUAAGAAGCAUAAAAUUUCUAUACUAAUUGAUUCUGGUAGUACACAUAGCUUCAUUGACUCUGCUUUAUCCACCAAGUUGCAUUAUGAAAUUCAACCUAAUGCACAUUUGUUGGUAAUUGUUGCCAAUGGAGAAAGGACUGUCAUCUCUGGAGUGUGUCCUCAAAUACAAUGGUCAAUGCAGGAUUACCAAUUCAGUGGGGAUUUGAGGCUACUUUUCUUGGGAGGAUGUGACAUUAUUUUGGGGGCAGACUGGCUAAGAAGAUUAGGUAAUGUCAUGUUCAACUUUGCCAAGAUCAUCAUCUCUUUCCAACACCAAGGUGAGACAAUUACUUUAACUAGUGCCAAAAAUUCUUCUUCUCUCAUGAUGAUGAGUAUUCAAGUUGUUAAAGAAUUCUUCAAGAAGAAUACCCAUGGCUUAUUAGGCCAUCUGUUUUCUAUCACUCCUUCCACUACCUCCCAACCAGUUCCUCCUUCCAUAUCCCAAUUAUUAUAUUCUUAUGAGGAUGUCUUUCAGGAACCUACUGAUUUACCACCUACAAGGAACUUGGACCACACCAUUCCCUUACAGCCGAACUCAGUACCUCCCAAUCAGAGAGCCUAUAAAUGUCCCUACAUUCAAAAAUCCGAGCCCAGUCAUAGUCCAUUUUCUUCUCCCAUUCUCUUAGUAAAGAAGAAGGACAAUUCCUGGAGGUUUUGUGUGGAUUAUAGGAAUUUGAAUGACAUCACUAUUAAAGAUAAAUUUCCUAUUCCAAUUAUUGAUGAGUUGUUGGAUAAACUAUUUGGUUAUGGGGUAUUCACCAAAAUAGAUAUGGGAUCAGGGUAUCACCAAAUUCUUGUUCACCCUUCUGAUAUUUUAAAAAAAGCUUUUGGAACCCAUCAUGGGCACUAUGAAUUCAAGAGUAAACUGGAAUAUCUAGGACAUAUUAUAUCUGCAGAAGGAGUGGCUGCUGAUCCAGCUAAAGUGGCAAAAUUGCUCAAGAAGAAUUCUUUCUCAUGGUCUCCAUCAACCACUCAAGCCUUCAAUAAUCUCAAAGCUUUCAUGGUUAGUGCCCCUGUUUUAGCUUUACCAGAUUUCUCCAAGCAAUUUGUGCUAGAAACUGAUGCCAAUGGAGUUGGUAUUGGUGCUGUGUUGAUGCAAGAAGGCAAAGCCAUCUGUUUCUUCAGUAAACCACUUGGUCCUAAGACGGAUCACCAGAGCAUAAAGUAUUUCCUGGACCAAAAGAUCACUACCACACUUCAACAAAAAUGGUUGAUGAAGUUGUUAGGGUUUGACUAUCAGGUCCAAUAUAAGAGUGGAGUUGAGAAUAAAGUAGAUGAUGCUCUUUCUAGAAAAUCCCAUGACACUGCUACCUGCAAUUUGUUAUCUACUACUUCUCCCAAAUGGGCUCAAUAA